AUGUUAUCGAGAUUCAUCGAUAUUAAAUAUCAAUGUAACAAUCUCGGAUGCUCAUCUUCUAUCGUUGAUCCUGCUUCGAGCUUGAGAGACUGUCAAUUCGCUUGCUUAGCUGAUGCACAAUGUCGUACAGUUACUUUUGAUGAAAACAGUAAUCAGUGUGAAUUGUUUUCUGAUAUUCCAAGUCAAUAUGGAAAUCUGCUAGCACAAUCAGGUGUUAUAACCAUGACUGUCAUAGAUGACAGACAAGUAACUGAUCGUAAAACAAGCACUACAACUAGCGUAACUACCAUCACCACCACAUCAACUACUACCUCCACCACAAGCACUACCUCAACAACUGCAUCAUUAAACCCAUGUGCAUCAGGGAAUUUGCUUUGGAAUACCACAGGAAUCACUGUACUCGAUUCAUCACAAUUAGUAUCAGCCGUGGGUUUAUAUGUUGACUCAAACAAUACUUUGUAUGUUGUUGAUACGAAUAAUCAUGUUGUAUGGAAAUUAUUGAACAAUGCCGUGAAUGCAACGAUUGUAGCUGGACUUUACCAAUCACAGGGAUCUAAUAGCAGUCAACUAAACUGGCCUUAUGAUGUUUAUGCUGACAGACAUGGGAAUAUAUAUGUAAGCGAUUAUUACAAUCAUCGUAUACAAAAGUACAGCAACGGAUCUAGAAAUGGAAAAACUAUUGCCGGUAUAAAUGGAUACGGAUCUUCUUUAAACCAAAUGAAUCGUCCUGAAUUUUUUGUUUUUGAUUCAACAGAGACAUUCAUGUAUAUCGUUGAUCAUGAUAAUAAUCGUAUUAUGCGCUUUGUAACGAAUUCGACUUCAGGUGUCAAUGGUACGAUUAUAGCAGGUGGAAAUGCAGCAGACAACACGAACACAACAUUUAAUUCGCCGCUUGGUAUUCACUAUUCACCCAAUACAAGUAGUGAUCUAUUUAUAACAAACAAUGAUGGACAUUCAGUGAUACGUUGGACACCAGGUGCUUCGUCGGGUGUUUUUGUGGCAGGUACGCCAGGUGUAGCAGGUUCCAGUUCAUCUCUCUUAUACAGUCCAGCAGGUAUUAGAAUUGAUACGUACUUGAAUAUGUAUGUUGUUGAUAGAGGUAAUAAUAGAAUACAAAUGUUCUGUGCCAACAGUCAAAUCGGGAUCACUAUUGCGGGUGGUUCAGGUGGCAAUGGUCCAGAACAAUUAAAUCAACCAUCUGGCAUUGCAUUCGAUGCAAAAAUGAAUAUGUAUAUUGGUGAUAAUAAUAACGCGCGUGUUCAAAAAUUUGUUAAACUCUAA